AUGGUCCCCCAGAUUAGAGAAAGCAUCCACUAUCAACAUGAUGAAGAGCCAGUUUGGCUGUCAGUCUUCGGCUCAGAAAGAAAAUCUGUGUCAAAAGAGUUGAGGUCAGAUUUCCAUCCACCAUCCUAUAUAAUUGUGCAACAGAAACGAGUAUUGUUUGAUGACAACCUCGAUAUUUUCUGUGUCGACCGGGUAUCUGGAAAGUAUCACGAUAAAGUCUGGUAUUCUGAAGCCGAACUCGCUUCAUUUGAAGAGCGAUACAUCGCCAAAGCUGGCAAGAAGCGUUCGUUGAGAGAACGAGACGCUCGAGCCUACAACCACUCGAGACGAGUUCUGCUUCACCACCGAGCGUACAAGGAAAUGGGAGACUACAACAAGGCAAACGAUCUUGAAUACUUUUCUUCGCAAUCAAGUCAAAGCUGCAAGGACAUGUGCCGGAAACAGGCAAAACGAUUGGAAAAGGAAGUCCGAUCCAUUCAAAGUGAAUCGGAUGAACAAACGACGAGCAGCUCAACAGGCCUAGAGUACUUUAUCGAAAAGGUAUUCAGCUUUUCCUCGCAAGGGUCAUAG